GGCCGGUGGCGGAAGGUCGCAGGUUCAAAGGACGGAAGCUCGCACUGAGGCCGCCAGCGGCUACGGCAGCUACGGCAGCUACCGCUUUGGCGUUCCGGAGUCGGAGCCGACCUUGGACGUCUUGGAAGAACAGCUGGCAGAGGUGAUGGAAGAGGAGGAGCUUCUGCGGGCAAAGCUGAAAGACGUGGAACAUCAAUUGGCACAGGCCUGCGGAGCUGAUGGUGAGGACUACAGUCAUCGGAAGUCUCGCCUGAAGAGUCGAGUGGAGGAUGCGGCUGUGAGCGUGCGACAGUUGAGUCAGCAACGUGCGCAGAUUUUGGAGGGCACUGACCCCGAGGUGCAGGAGGAGCAGCGGAAGCGCGAGGAGAUUCGCAG